CCAUCUCCGAAACAGCCAUUAGGGUUUCCCGCAGUUGGGGUUGGCUGCUCUUAGUCGGCGCAUCGGUCGCGGGCACCCUCAUCGGCGGAGAUGGUGAAGGGGCGGCAAGGCGAGCGCGUCAGGCUGUACGUCCGCGGGACGAUCCUCGGAUACAAGAGGUCGAAGUCGAACCAGUACGAGAACACAUCGCUGGUCCAGAUCGAGGGGGUGAACACCAAGGAGGAAGUCGCUUGGUACUGCGGCAAGAGGAUGGCGUACAUCUACAAGGCGAAGACGAAGACCAAGGGGACGCGGUACCGGUGCAUCUGGGGUAAGGUCGCACGCCCCCACGGCAACAGUGGCGUCAUCCGCGCCAAGUUUAAAUCCAAUCUGCCGCCUAAAUCCAUGGGUGGAACGGUCAGGGUUUUCAUGUACCCCAGCAACAUUUGAGGAGGUGAGUCAAUGCUGCAGUGGAGAUGCUUUUCGGAAUUUGUAGCUGAGAUUUUAAGGGGGAUUGAAGCUAAAUUGUGUUCCUUGUUACUAAAAGUAGCUUGACUAGUUAUGAUACUUUAUUUGGACUACUUACUACUCGUGUUAGUUUUGGGGGUUAAUUUGCUCUUUGAACUUAAAUUGACUCGUCGGAAAACUGCUUCUACUGUGAAGGGUGAUGUUCAAGUUCAUCUCUUGUGUAACUUAUUGAGCUAAUUAGAAAACAUUAGGCAGUUGUGAUAUUGUGUCUCCUUGCGGUUCCUGGUAAGAUAAUGUUGAACAGCACAGUAGCAGAUAGCAGCAAUCUACCUACAUGGAAUUUUUU